GCAUAGUCUAAGUUUUAAUUUUGAGAACAAUAUAUAAAUGUUUACCCGUUCUUAUCAAAGUGAAUCUGGAAUCGAGAAGAGAACAGGGAAGAUCAUGUUCAAAAGUUUAAUCACCAUUGCAUCUGCUUUGCUUGCAGUCAUUGGAUCAGCAACUGCCUUGCAUCCACAUUAUAUUCCUCAAACAACUUAUUAUUGCAAUGGCCAAGCGUACAACGUUUACAAUAGCAUUUGCUGCGGCACACAAAUAUCAUCUAUAACUGGUUUCAAAGCUCCUGCUUGUUGUGGAAAUAUUGCAUUUGACAGAGAUGCAAAUUUAUGUUGCGGCGGUGCACUCGUUGCAAGAAAAGCAACAGCAAAUGGUUGUUGCGGUUUGGCUUCUUUAGAUUUAUCUAUUAAUGAUUGUUGUGCCGGUAAAACUAUUGCGAGACUGGCUCAAAUAUGUUGUAAUGGAGCACCAAUUGACAGAACAUCAAUAUAUGAUGUUUGUUGCGGGGCAGCUAAAAUGGAUAAGACCAAGGCAGUUUGCUGUAAUGGAAAUGCAGUAACAAUUGCUCCUACUUUUCCAACAGGAAAUAAUCUCGUACCAAACACGUAUGCUUGUUGUGGAACUUCCGUUUUCCGUGUACGUUCUAACUACUGUUUCUACAAUCAAGUAUUACCACGAACGAAUUAUGUGUCAUGGUGGCAGUCGGGUUAUCAUCACCAUCAUUAUGAUCAUCAUCACUGAUUGGUAACUGAUAUGAAAAAAUAAAUUUCUGAAGCAUGUAAGAAUAAA